AUGGCAAAUACAGCUCUAGCUGAGACAAAAAAUCCAGUUACUCCGAAAUUCAUAACCCCACCCUUUUUCGAUCCAAGCUUAGACUUGCCAAUAAUAUUUUUAUCAAAAUACGAAAAAACCGCUUUAAAUAAUGGUUGGAAUGACGCAUACAAAAUAUCAUAUUUAGGUAAUUUCUUAGAAUCACCGGCAAAUUUUUGGUAUAGGGACUAUUCAAGUAACGAAAGAAAUAAACCCAAAACCUGGGAAGAAAUUAAAGAGGACUUUAUAAGGGAGUACAGUGGGGACCAACCACUAAGAAAAAUAAAGUUCAGACUAAAUACAAGAAAACAAGCGGAAAACGAAGACAUUAAAAAAUAUUAUUAUGAUAUAGUUUCGUUAUGCCAUGAAGUUGAUCCAAAAAUGACAUUCGAAACCUUCAGGGAUUAUUUUGAAAAAGGCCUGCACCCAUCGUACUAUGAAACGUACUACCUAAUGAGUUCAAACGAGUUAGACCACCAACAGCUCAAAACACUAGGAGUCGUCCCCAAACGAAGCCGGACGACUCCACUAGAAAGGGCCGAAGGAGUCGUCCUAUACUCAGGGGCCAAAGCGCACCAAAUUUUAAGUGUUAACGGUUUAAUUAAUAAGGUAAACAAAAUAGAUAUAAUUUUAGAUACAGGAUCGAGUCAAUCCCUUAGAUUUCGAAAAAAAUUUAAUUGCAGCAGGCGGAGAAAAAUCAGGACGCUAGGUACUUCAAGAGUCGAUAUUAGGAUAGGAGAGCUGGCUGGACACGUAAUGGUAUUCGUGGUAGACAACCUCUCAAAGCCUUUAAUACUGGGCACUGAUUUCCUAUCAAAAACACAAGCUAACAUAGACUACGAGAAAGACGAAAGGGAAGAAGAGCAAGUGACAUUGGCCGACCACAAAAUCAGCCAUAUCCGAGACACCCAUAUAAAAGCACAGCUUAUGGAACUCCUCGAAGAAUUUGAGGACGUAUUUUCUAAAUCUCCAAAGUAUAUGGGACAAACGGACUUGGUAGAACACGACAUAGACAUAGGGGAUUCACAGCCGAUAAAGUUUUCACCUUUUAUGCUGGUAUACGGCAGAGAACCCAUCUUACCGAUCGAAGCAACCCUAAUGCCGCCUCCCAACCCCCAGGACAGUAGUGAAAUAAGAGAUAAAGCACUACUAUUAAGGAAUUUGGCAGUGCAGAAUAUCCAGAGGAGGCAGGGUAUCGAUAAACUACGCUACGACACCAAACAUAGACAUAUAGAAUACGCCGUAGGAGACCAGGACGACACAUGGAGGCGUCAAACCUGUAGGCGUUCCAGACGAGGGGCAGGCGACAACGCUAUGAACGUCGCCGCGUCGCCACCUUAUGGACCGGACCCGGAUGCUGAAGACAUUUUGUGUUCAGAGACUACGUAG